AAUUAAGAUGUUUUCUGUUGCAACGAGAAGAUAACACAAAGUACAAAUAUAUAAAUAUUUAAUGCACAAAAUAAUAUCAGGUAUCAACAUAUUACAGAUACGACGUCUUGACAGCUUUAGAACGGCUGCUUAUUUAACUCUAAAAAUGGUUAUUACUGAUGACUGAAAGUAAAAUAUUAGUUUUGAUUUACUUAUGUUACAAAAACGCAAAUAAUACAGUGGAUUGCAGUUUCUAAUUGGACAGAAUUUAAAUAAACCCCACCUACCGACGUUUCUGAUUGGUGAAACCCCUGUGGACCCAGACGGAUUGUGGGCGUGUUUAAUUCGUUCCCAUGGUGCGAGUGUCACUCACUUGAGCGAAACGUGAACACCACUUGGACAUUUUGACAAAGGCAUUCCUAUGAAUACAAUAUUAAGUAUUUAUUUUAGUAAAUAGCAAUCAUGGACGCUAUUUUUAAGGCGUUGUUUUCUUCUGAAGAUGAAGAGCUGUACAUAUUGGAUUGUUUAUCCUACUUCAUGAUGCUCAUGGCUUUCGUGACUUUCCUCGCUUUACUCUUUGUAAACGUGCCCUAUGGCAGGUAUGCAUCCACCAGGUAUGGAUUUCCUGUAAAUGUCAAAUUCGCCUGGUUCGUCCAGGAACUACCAGCCUUUCUUGUACCUCUGGGAUUGAUGCUGAGUUCUUGUGCAAGGAUAACACACCUGCCCAACCAGCUACUUCUGGUGAUGUACCUAUGCCAUUAUUUUCAAAGGUCUCUCAUCUAUCCAUUUUUAAUUCGAGGAGGGAAAUCAACACCGUUCAUCUCAUUUGCUUUGGCCUUUGUCUUCUGCAUCUAUAAUGGGUACCUGCAGACAAGAUACCUGAGUCACUAUGCAGAAUACCCACCAGAUUGGGUUACACAUCCUUAUUUCAUUAUAGGGUCUUGUCUGUGGCUCGUGGGAUGGAUCAUUAACAUUCAUUCUGACCAUAUCCUCAGGAACCUACGUAAACCUGGAGAGACCGGCUAUAAGAUACCUAGAGGAGGCAUGUUUAAGUUUGUGUCAGGAGCAAACUUCUUGGGUGAGGUUGUAGAAUGGACCGGGUUUGCUAUUGCUGCUCACUCGAUCCACAGUGCUGCCUUUGCCAUCUUCACUCUUGUUGUGCUGUCCAGCAGAGCUGUGGCUCACCAUAAGUGGUAUCUUGCGAAAUUUGAAGACUAUCCAAAAUCAAGAAAAGCAUUAAUACCAUUUGUGUUCUGAUCUCUGUAUAAGCCUCCUUACUACAAAAUGUUUACAUUGUUUCAUUGACCAUUAUGAAGUUAAGAAACACCAUCAUAAAAUCAGAUUAUAUACAAAGACAUUAAGACAUUGUGUCCGAUAAACAUGGAAGCUGCUGUCGCAUUUCGUCACAUAUGAGCAAUUGGUAAGGACUGCCAGUUCUUGUCAGAAAAGACAAACAUGAUUCAUUUGCUGGAAAGCAAGUGCUCAUAAUCCAGACAUGUGCUUCAGAAGUGUGACAGCAGCAGAUUCAUUUAUCAUCAUCAUCAUAUAGAUUUUUUUUUAAAACAUUCAUACCGAGUUAGCAUUUCUGUCAGAUUAAAUGGAUAGCAUUUUUCUUUAGCAGCUUUCUAAUCCCCCAUAUGACCGUAAUGCAAAUACCACGUUCAAGGUCUAGAAAUUGUUAGAGCAGUCCAUGUGCCUACAGUGAUUUAAUCUUAAUUUCAUUAAGCGAUAAGAAUAUAUUCUGUGCACCAAAAAAAUACUUUAUUUUACAUUUUCUUUUUUCCAUGUCAGUCUCUGAUGUGCAUUCAUGAAAGCACAUAUGCCAUAAAUUGACAGGCGCCGCCACAUUGGUCCGAGGAUGAGCGCACCAUAAACACAAGUAAAUAGGGGGCGGUGUGUUUUUUCUGCAAAAAAGAACAAUAACGUAUCGCAUCAGUGGACCAAAGUGCUGAAAGACACCUAUAGGCAUUUAUUUAUGUCUAUGUGCAUGUGGUGCUUGAUGCAGGAGGUCAGAGUUCACAACGUGUGUGAACGCAUGUCGGAGACAGACACGAAGGGAAUAUAAAAUGUCUAAUAAAGUCUUUUUUAGUUUCUUGCUCACAAAUUAUUCUUAAAUGAAGAUUGAACAAGUGCAGGCACACAGACUAUUUUAACAGUGUCUUCACUGCCUUUCUGGGUCUGCGUAAAGAGUCAUUUACAGUCGUGUGUAAGCUCUAUGCCUUAGCUACACCGUAGGCUAUGCGUAGGCUUUGCAAAGCCUACAAUUUAAUAAAGUGGACCACAAGCACUGUGAUUGGUCCACUAGAACCCCUCCCAUCAGGUCCAAAAAAUCUGUAAUGAGCCCUUAAAGGUGCAGUGUGUACAUUUUAGUGGCAUCUAGUGGUGAGGUUGCAAAUUACAACCAACGGCUCAGUCCAGUGCUCACCUCUUCUUUUGAAACGCAAAGAGAAGCUAUGGUAGCCGCCACCGGAAAAACAGGACAUCGUCGGAGACAACGUAGUAAAAAAGUUUGUAAAAACAUAAUGGUUCAUUAUAAAAAGGUCUUCAUACACCUCUGAUAAUAUAGUUUUGUAUAUUAUUUUGCAUUUCUGUCAAGAGAUCCUUCUAAAAAUACACACUGCACCUUUAACAAUGCGUCUGUUCUUCAUGGACCGCAAGUGCUGUGAUUGGUCAGUAUGUAAUUGCACGUCGACGUUCACAGUGCUUGCGGUCUGCAUAGAACAGUCGCAUUGUUACAUUUUUGGCGAGGUGUGCGUCAGGCUACGCAGAGCCUACGGCGUAGUGGUUGUGUUCACACACUGCCAACACACAUUUAUGUCCAAACACUUGUAAACGUGGAUUUCGCAUAAUAGGUGCCCUUUAAAAGUGUACUGGGAACUUUCAGGCAUAUGGCUGAGGUGAUAGGUCAGCACAUGAAGCUGUCCAAAUAAAUUUUUUAGAUCAAUAACAAAACAUAUACCAAGUGGGGGUGCUGCUGUCAAGGACAUAAAAGAUGUUUGAAGUGAGUACCAUGCCUUAAAAGGACCACUACAGUUAUUUAUAGAUAAAAUGCCUGAUUUUAUGAGGUGAUGUCAGUAUUGUCAUUUACAUCUGUAAUAUGUAAAAGUUGAUCUUUAUAAAGUGCCUUCUGCAAGGCCUAAUAACUAUCAUGGCAUUUUACAAUUAAAUGUUUUUACACUAAAUUGUUUUGUAGUGAAAAAUAAAGAAAAAAAAAAUUAUGUCAAGGAUUCAUGUGAACCUCGCUCACAAUUACAGUAGCUAUAUAAUGUUUUUUGUAUAUAUUUUGUUUGUGACAUCAUCCUUUACCAUUGCUGACACGUAUUGACUUGUAUACCUUUAAGGGAUAACACAUUUAACAUGUCAAGAGUUAUGUGUUCUAUGUGUCAACGCUGUCAGCAAAAAAUUAGCUUGCCUUAGGUUUGUUUAUCUCUGAAUUGGAGAAGGUCAUAUGAAUUAUUAUGAAUCUAAUUUAAGGAGCCAAUUGUUUUUGUUUUUUAUAAUUUGAAAUAAAGAUUUUGUACCAUUUUUUUCUUUUUAAACACAUGCAUCUGAUGUAAUUCUACAGAAACACUUUUAUCUAUUGACAUACUGUUUAGUUUAGCGUGCAUGAUCAAUCUAGAUCUGAGUUUAGAGUCGAGUAGGUUAUUCAGUGAAAUAACCGGCCAGCCACAGGCAAAGCAAUGAAGAAAUGUUCUUGCAAACCACACAACUCUAUUCGCAGCACCCUUUGAUUUAUACAGGAGCAUGAAGAAGACAUUAGAAAGUGUAACAUUCAACAUAACACACACCUCUGUGCCUGCCAGCAAAGUGAUAAAGCCUCUCUUUAUGCACUGCAUGUAGUGUGACAGCAUUGCAGAGAUGCA